AUGACAGACACUGACAAAUUUAAAAAGGAAGAAAUUUCGCUUAUGAAAGGUAUGUGCUGCCGCAAUAUUGGAACUUGAUAUGCAGCAAAUUUUGUGAUAAGGGGACCCUGAUAUAACUGAGCUAAAAAUUAAGCUUUGAUCCAGUUCAGUUUUACGUUGCACUUUGACAGGAGCCGAAAUUUCCGGAAAGUCGUUACCAAUGGUGGACCGCCAAGUGUUAAAAGAUAUUGGCAUAACGAGUGUUGGGAGACAGCUGGAAAUUAUCCAA